UCUUCCGUACUCCACAUAUGAAUUUUGACCGUUUGUUUCCCACCCUUUUCCCGGCAACUGAACCCGCGCUCCAAAUGCCGCAACUACCCCUAUCGUUACCCCAAACUCCGCUCCUCCUCUUCCUUCUUCUCCUCAUCUCCAUACCCCUCCAUGUAAAUUCUCAAUCGGAAAACACCGUCCUCCUCAACCUUAGACAGCAGUGGGGCAACCCACCGUCCAUCCAGUCCUGGAACUCCUCAUCCUCACCGUGUGAUUGGCCUGAGAUCAACUGCACCGAUGGCGCUGUCACCGGGAUUAUCCUCCGCGAGAAGAACAUCACCGAGAAGAUACCGGGAUCGAUUUGCGACCUCAAGAACCUCGCUAUCCUCGUCCUCGCCUCUAAUUACAUCCCCGGAGAGUUUCCUAGAGUCCUAUACAAUUGCUCCAAGCUCCAUACUCUUGAUCUCUCCCAGAACUAUUUCGUCGGUGCAAUCCCGGAGGACAUCGACCGGAUUCCGACUCUCCAGUACUUAGACCUCAGUGCGAACAAUUUCUCCGGCGAUAUCCCCGUCGCCAUCGGGAAGCUGCCGGAGCUACAAGCCUUGUACCUCCAUGAAAACUUGUUUAACGGCACGUUUCCGAAAGAAAUUGGGAACUUGUCCAAUCUCGAAGUUUUGGGCAUGGCGUACAAUGAAAAGUUGGUGCCUGCGCCGAUACCACCAGAGUUUGGAGGGUUGAGGAAGUUGAAGUUUUUGUGGAUGAAGCAGACGAAUUUGAUCGGCGAAAUACCGGAAAACAUCUCCGGUCUUUUGAGCCUCGAGCACUUGGAUUUGUCAAGGAACAAUUUGGCAGGUGCCAUUCCUAGUAGAUUGUUGUUGUUAAGGAAUUUAAGCUUCGUCUAUCUCUUCAAUAACAAAUUGUCCGGGGAGCUGCCGAGCUUGGUCGAGACGUCAAAUUUGAUCAAACUUGAUAUUUCUAAGAACAAUUUGACCGGUUCGAUUCCUGAAGAUUUCGGGAAAUUAAAAAACUUGGAAGUACUGAAUUUGUUCGCAAACCAAUUAACCGGCGGCAUUCCGAGAAGUUUAGGUCUACUUCCACUGAUUGAUUUUCGAGUUUUUAGCAACAAGUUGACCGGAACUUUGCCAUCGGAGCUAGGCCUGCAUUCGGAGCUCGAGGCAUUUGAAAUCUCGGAAAAUCAACUGAAUGGUCCAUUGCCGGAAAACUUAUGCGCUGGAGGUGCUUUGCAAGGACUGAUCACAUUUUCCAAUAAUCUCGGCGGGGAACUGCCGAAAUGGGUAGGAAAUUGUCGUACUCUGCGCACGGUUCAGCUUCAUGGAAACAACUUCUCCGGUGAGGUUCCUCCUGGCCUUUGGACAUCAUUCAAUCUAUCAACCUUGAUGUUAAGUGACAACUCGUUUUCGGGCGAGCUUCCUAGUAAGUUGGCUCGGAAUUUGUCAAGGUUGGAAAUUGGUAACAACAAAUUCUCAGGUCAAAUUCCUGUCGGAGUCACUCUCUGGGUGAACCUGGUUGUCUUUGAGGCAAGCAACAAUCUGCUCUCGGGAAGAAUUCCGGUGGAAUUAACGAGUCUUCCACUUCUUAGUUCUCUCCUGCUGGAUGGUAAUCAACUUUCCGGUGAAAUUCCGUCGGAGAUAAUCUCAUGGAAGUCGCUAACAACUUUGAACCUAUCAAGAAAUGAGCUUUCUGGCCAAAUCCCAGCCGUGAUCGGUUCUCUACCUGACCUCAUUUAUUUGGACUUAUCGCAGAACCAAUUGUCGGGUGAAAUCCCACCUGAAAUUGGCCAUUUGAGGCUCACUUCACUCAACUUGUCCUCCAACCAUCUAUCUGGGAAAAUCCCAUAUCAGUUUGAUAACCUUGCAUAUGGAAACAGUUUCCUCAAUAAUUCCAACCUAUGUGCUGUUAGUCCAAACCUAGACCUUCCAAGCUGUUACACCAAAACCCAUGAUUCCGACAAACUGUCCUCUACCUAUCUAGCCAUGAUUCUCGUUCUCGCGAUUGUUGUUUUCAUGGUCGCUGUUUUGUCGGCAUUCUAUAAGUUCAGAAACUAUCGCAGGACAAAGCACAGACGCGAUCUUUCAACUUGGAAGCUUACCUCAUUCCAGAGAUUGGAUUUCACAAAAGUGAACAUCCCGUCGAAUUUGACGGAGAACAACCUUAUAGGAAGUGGCGGGUCAGGGAAAGUAUAUCGGAUUGCUACAAACAUUCCCGGUGAGUUUGUUGCCGUGAAAAGAAUUUGUAACAACAAGAUAUUGGAUCACAGGCUGGAGAGAGAAUUUCUAGCCGAGGUUCAAAUACUGGGCACGAUAAGGCAUUCCAACAUAGUAAAGUUGCUGUGCUGUUUUUCGAGUGAGAAUUCAAAGCUUCUCGUCUAUGAGUACAAGGAAAAUCACAGUCUGGAUAGAUGGCUCCACGGGAAGAAGGGAAAAUCGAUGACAGGGACAAACCCUGCGCAACAUAUGGUCUUGGAUUGGCCAAGGAGGUUGCAGAUUGCAGUUGGGGCAGCACAAGGACUGUGUUAUAUGCACUAUGACUGUUCUCCUCCGGUCAUUCAUCGAGAUGUGAAGUCUAGCAACAUUUUGUUGGAUUCUGAUUUCAGGGCAAGCAUAGCAGAUUUUGGGCUAGCCAGGAUGUUGGGUAAGCACGGAGAGUCCCACACGAUGUCUGAUGUCGCAGGCUCUUUGGGCUACAUCGCCCCAGAAUACGCUUAUGCAACAAAGGUCAACGAGAAGAUCGAUGUUUACAGUUUUGGAGUUGUACUUCUUGAACUCGUCACUGGAAGAGAACCCAAUUGCGGAGACGAGAACAGAAACCUAGCAGAGUGGGCAUCGCGGCACUACCUCGGAGGGAAGCCUAUAAUUGAUGCCCUCGACAGUGAAAUCAAGAAACCAUGUUACUUGGAAGAGAUGAUUAGUAUUUUUAAACUAGGACUCAUUUGUACUCACAAUUCACCUUCAACUCGGCCUUCCAUGAAGGAGGUUUUGGAGAUUCUUUGCCGCCGUGGUUCUCUGGGAUGUUACGAAGGGAAAAAGACGAGAAGCGAAUUCGAUGUAGCUCCUCUUCUUGGCAGUGCUACAUAUCUUUCUAGUUACAAGAGCAGUAAGAAAGUAUCCAUGGAAGAUGAUGAUAGCUUAGUUUAAUGCGCAUGAUGUAUUAAGUAGUUUUGUAUAACUGCAAUCACGGUGUCUAGACUCUAGAGCUUCGUUUAGUAUGAUGUACCAAAUAGUUUCCAAGAAAAUUCGGGAACUCUUCUGGCAGAAUCAACAAAUGAAGAACCAAGUGUGUGUACAAGGCUUCUGCUUCAUCGGAACCUUGAACCACUCUUUGCAAAGCCUUGACAAAACCUUGUUUGGUGAACUAAUUUCCAAAAAUAACGCAAGUGACAACAAUGAAUAAACGUGUAACUACAUUGGAAA